GCUUUUGUUCUUCUCUGUCGACAUUCAGAUAAAGCUCGAUCAUCUUCAUCACGGAAGUUUUCAAGGGCGAAUCGAAGGGUUUUGAGCGUUCAAAUGUUCGCGAGAGACCAAUCGCUUUAAGGUUUGACUUUUCAAAGUUGGUUUCUUGGAUCAUUUUAGCCCUAGAAUCUUGAAAUCAUCAUCAUCAGGUUUGAUUUCCUCAAAAUCAUGGUAGAAGAUCAUGAUAAAGAGAAUAAGGUCAUGGUUGACCUUCGGUCAACCGAAGAGUGGUUGUCGUAUGCCAAUGAUCUUGUAUCGGUAGCGGUGGAGAAGGCGCGGGCGGUUAACGGGUUUCCGGGGAGGUGGAAAACGAUUGUAUCGAAAUUAGAGCAAAUCCCGAGUCGGUUGUCGGAUCUAUCGAGCCAUCCAUGCUUCUCGAAGAACAAAUUGUGCAUCGAACAGCUGCAAGCGGUUUCAAAGACUUUGACCGAAUCGAUCGAAAUGGCGGAGAAGUGUUCGAAAGAUAGACAUGAAGGAAAGCUUCGAAUGCAGAGUGAUCUCGAUGCGUUAUUGGGAAAGAUCGAUUUGAAUCUACGAGAUUGCGGGAUUCUGAUAAAAACAGGGGUUCUGGGCGAGGUUGCAUUGUCGGGUUGUACGUUGUCGGGCUUCGAAGGUACAAGUCUUGGAAGCAGUAACGUUACGGAGCUGUUAGCUAGGCUGCAGAUCGGGCAUUUGGAAGCUAAACAUAAAGCUCUGGAUAGUCUUGUUGAUGCGAUGAAAGAAGAUGAAAAGACCGUUUUGCCCUUGUUGGGACGAAGCAGUAUAUCGGCUUUGGUACAACUCCUCACAGCCACAUCUCCGAGAAUACGGGAAAAGACCGUUACUUUGAUCUGUACGUUAGCGGAGUCGGGCGGUUGUGACGAUUUGCUUGUUUCGGAAGGCGUUUUGCCGCCGCUCAUUAGGCUGCUCGAGUCUGGUAGUUCCGUCGGUAGAGAGAAAUCGGCAAUCGCCCUCGAAAAAUUAUCGGUGUCGGCGGAGAUCGGGCAGUCGAUAGCGGGCCAUGGCGGGGUGCAGCCGCUAGCCGAAGUAUGUUGCUCCGGCGAUUCCGUUUCCCAAGCCUCCGCCGCUUGUACUUUGAAGAACUUAUCCGUCGUACUGGACCUCCGGCAGACACUGGCGGAAGAUGGAAUCGUUAAGAUCAUGAUCGAUGUACUCGAUUCCGGACUGUUAUUGGUAUCCAAGGAACACGCAGCCGAGUGCCUGUGGAAUUUCAGUUCCGGUAACGAUGAUCUCAAACGACUGGUUAUCAACGAAGGCGGGGUCCGCAGUCUGUUGUCAUACCUCGACGGCGGUCUCCCGCCAGAACCUGCCAUCAGGACGAUCCGAAACCUCAUCGGGUCCGUUUCCGUCGAGACCCUGAUCUCGCUCGGUCUCCUCCAUAGACUCAUCCACGUUCUCACCUCAGGCACCACCGGAGCCCAAAAAGCAGCGACGGAAACCCUAUGUCGAAUUUCCGACUCACCGGAAACGAAAAAACUCGUGGGGGAAAGUGGGUGCAUCCCGAUACUGAUCAAAUUACUCGAAGCGAAACCGAACGAGGUUUGGGAGGUGGCGGUGCAAGCGGUCGCAAGCCUGAUGACGGUUCCUCGGAACGCUCGAGAAGUGAAACGGGACACACGGAGCGUUCCGAGUUUGGUUCAAUUGCUUGAUCCGAGCCCACAAAACACGGCCAAAAAGUACGCGGUUUGUUGCCUCGGGGUCCUGUCGACGAGCAACAAGUGUCGGAAGCUUAUGAUAGCGUACGGGGCAAUCGGGUAUUUGAAAAAACUUACGGAAAUGGAUAUAAUCGGGUCGAAAAAAUUGUUGGAAACGUUACAAAGAGGGAAAUUUAGAAGUUUGUUUGGGAAAAUUUAGGGUUUGAAAUGGAAGUUUGUAAUUUUUGGUAUGUUUCUGU